GGAGGCAGGAGGCACCCUCAAGGCUUCGCAAGUCCUCCCCUCUGCUCUGUGUGUGUGUGCAAGAAACCCCAAGGGAGAGGUGAAAGCAAGAGGCUAGGCUUCCUUGACGGAGAUGGGGGUGCAGAGGUACAGGUUCUUCUGCUGCGGGUGCGGCGCCAAUGCGGCGGCCGGCGACCGUGAGGGCGACGACGACGGGGAUUUCGGCGCGUUCGAGGAGAAGGUUGAGAAGGGGGCCGAAGCCGGGCCGCGGGGGCUGUCGUGGGCGCAGGUGGAGGCGAUGACCGGCGGGUUCACCUCGGCCGUGGUCGGCGAGGGCGGGUUCAGCACCGUGUACCUCGCGCGCCUCUCCGGCGCGCUCGCCGCCGUCAAGGUCCACCGCAGCAGCGAGCGCCUCCACCGCGUGUUCCGCCAGGAGCUCGACACGCUCCAGCGCGUCCGGCACCCGCACAUCGUCCGCCUCCUCGCCUUCUGCGAACAGCAAGAGGAAGGCGUGCUGGUGCUUGAAUUCGCGGCGAACGGGAACCUGCACGAGCGGCUCCACGGCGGGGGCAAGGCCGCGGGGGCGAUGCCGUGGGCGCGGCGGGUGUCGGUGGCGCUGCAGGUGGCGCGGGCGCUCGAGUACCUGCACGACCAGUGCGAGCCGCAGGUGGUGCACGGCGACGUGAAGGCCUCGAACGUGCUUCUGGACGCGUCCAUGACCGCCAAGCUCUGCGACUUCGGGUCGGCGCGGAUGGGGUUCUCCGCCGCCGUCCGCCCGCGGUCGUCGGCGCACACCAUGCUGGGCUCCCCGGGCUACGUCGACCCGCACUACAUCCGGUCGGGCGUGGUCACCAAGAAGAGCGACGUGUACAGCUUCGGCGUCCUGCUCCUGGAGCUCCUCACGGGGAUGGAGGCCUUCUGCGCGGAGGAGGGCCGGCUCCUCACCGCCGUCCUCGCGCCGCGGCUCAGGGCCAGCGCGCCGGCCUGCGACGCGCGCGGGCUGGUCGACGAGCGGCUCGGCACGGCCUACGACGCCGCGGAGGCCGCCGCGGUGGCGGCGCUGGCCGCGGCCUGCGUCGGCGAGAACCCCAGCCUCCGGCCGUCCAUGGCCGACGUGGUGCGCACCCUGGAGCACCGCGCGCAGGGAUCCAUCUCCGCCGUCGGGAGGAGAUCGGACGGCCACGGGAAGGUCUGAGUCACGAUGGGGGGGGGUCGUCGCGCCCCCCGAGGCGCUCAGAUCUGGCAUUCUGGAUUGCCGAGUUGUUAACUCGCGGCGGUGAAGCACGUGGCGCCCGGCUACUGGUUGCUAGGAGAACAGAGCGUUAUUAGUGGGCGAGCAUCUCAAAAAGAACGCAUCGAAAAAAAGGAGAGAAAAGCGUCUAUUUAGGGGGGAAAAGAUUUGGAGGAGAUAAAAAGGCAACUAGGCCAGGGUUCGUGUGCUAACGGGGAAUUUCCAUCAUAUUAAGCCGAAGGGGCAUCGACCCUGGGAGAGACCAAAAAAAGAAUGGAUCGUACAUCACACGAUUCUAAGAUUUUGUUGAUUCUUGAUUUCUUUUGUUAUUUUUGUAAAGUACAUUGGGUGCUCAUGACUCAUUCGGUCCUGCUGUUCAAACUUGUCCGUUGUUGCUUGUACUUAUAAUUUAGCUGGAUUUCGAUU